AUGAUAUACUCUUCUGGAAGAGAAUCAUACUUCAACUUGAACUCAACCUGGUACGACCCCUCAGGGUCCUGGCUGGACACGCGGCGCACACCCUUCCGCUACGGCUACAACACUUGCUGCUCGGGGUGCGAAGGUGAAGGGGUUGAAGGGAUGAGAGGGCACAACUACCGCCACUAUGGCUAUCGGCAGCCAGUCUGCUCUGAAAGGUGCCGCGGCUAUGCUGUGGCUGAUUCCUGCCACGGAGGUGGUUCAAGCUGUGUCAGGAGACCCACGUGCAGCUAUGGGUCAUCAGGGGGAUGCCAGAGCUACGGAAGGUCAGUCUGCUCCGAGAGAUGCCAUGGGUCGUCAGGUGGAUGGCAGGGCUAUGGGAGGUCCGUCUGCUCUGAGAGAUGUCAUGGAUCCUCAGGUUCAUGCCAUGGAGGUGGUUCAAGCUGCGUCAGGAGGCCCACAUACAGCUAUGGGUCAUCAGGAGGAUGCCAGAGCUAUGGGAGGUCGGUCUGCUCCGAGACAUGCCAUGGGUCAGGAUACCAAGGUGGGAAGCCAUGCUACAGCAAGCCAACGCAGUGCAUCACCCAGUGUCGCCCAGUGCAGACCUAUCCCUCUCCAGUGCAGCAAGCCUGCAUGCCCGUGGCAAAGUGCAUCCCAAGCCAGCAGCAAAAGCAAGUCUGCAAAGUGCCAGCCCAGAAGAUAAAAUAG